AUGAGCAUACAGAGGAACGCUUGUUUGUGGACAUGCACCCCUCGGCGGCUGGUGACAAUCGUCCGCUGCGUAUUGGAAGUUUUGAUUUGGACAAAUUCAGCGGUGCCUUGCUGCGCUUGGAGGUACGCUGGGCAUCGAAACAUCUACGGAUACACCACUAGCGUGCUACAUUUCCCUGACACGCGACUAGUGCAAUACAGCUUCUUCAACGCUUUUGACUGCACCGGCAGUGCAUGCAGCAUUGAGUCUCCAAGUGGAGAUGGGGUCAUACUAACACGGACCUUCGAUUGUGGUAAUGUAUUGUCACUGUGUCGACAUCAAACAUACCCGGUCACAAACUCUAAAGGGACGAACGUUACGUAUUCCUGUAUUGCAGGAUAUAUAACAUUACAUUGUGUGUUGUACGCUCCUAUAUUGUGCCUUAUAUGGCUAUAG